AUGGCCGCUACCUGUGUUUUUGUGGAAACUACGGCAAGUACUGAGAUGUAUUUAAAGAAAACGCUCGCAGUUACGUCUCCCCUCACUUUACACAUUAUUGCGGAGUGUCCGGUGACAAAAGCGAGAGCGUGCGACUUGAAGCUGCCGCACUCUGCCGUCAGCACACCGGUUUUCAUGCCGGUUGGCACUCAGGGCACCAUGAAAGGAAUCACCACGGAACAACUGGAUGCUCUCGGAUGUCAGAUAUGUCUUGGGAACACGUACCACCUUGGGAUGAGGCCGGGUCCUGAUUUGAUUGAAAAGUCCAAUGGUUUGCAUGGAUUCAUGAAUUGGAAAAAGAAUCUGCUGACGGACAGCGGAGGCUUCCAGAUGGUGUCUCUUGUCGAACUCUCCGAGGUGACAGAGGAAGGUGUCACAUUCAAGUCCCCCUAUGAUGGCGAAAAAAUCCUCCUCAGUCCAGAAAAGUCCAUCGCCAUACAGAAUAGUCUUGGGUCAGACAUCAUGAUGCAGCUGGACGAUGUGGUGAGCAGCACGGUGACGGGGCCUCGUGUGGAGGAGGCCAUGCACAGAUCCAUUCGUUGGUUGGACCGCUGCAUCACCGCCAACAAGAAUCCGCACAAACAGAAUCUUUUUGCCAUCAUCCAGGGUGGGCUGAAUGCCACGCUUCGCAAAACCUGUCUCGAAGAAAUGACUAAACGUGACGUUCCUGGUUUUGCUAUCGGAGGCUUGAGCGGAGGGGAAGAGAAGGAUGACUUCUGGCGGAUGGUGACGCUCAGCACAGACCACCUUCCUCGGGAAAAGCCACGCUAUCUCAUGGGUGUGGGAUACGCUGUGGAUUUGGUGGUGUGCGUGGCGUUGGGUUGUGACAUGUUCGACUGCGUCUUUCCUACCCGGACAGCGAGGUUCGGUUCGGCGCUGGUGCCCUGGGGAUCCCUGCAGGUGAAACACAAGCAGUACGCCAAAGACUUCCAGCCCAUAGACCCUGACUGCCAGUGUCCCACCUGCAAAAGACAUAGCCGGGCAUACCUGCACGCUCUGUUUAAGAGCGACACGGCAGCCAUGCAUCACGUUACCAUCCACAACAUCGCCUACCAGCUUAACCUCAUGCGCUCCGUGCGGCAGAGCAUUGUGGAAGGCCACUUCCCGGACUUUGUCCGUGCCUUCAUGAGGCGAAUGUUCCCCUCACGCGACCAGUACCCCAGCUGGGCAGUGGAUGCUUUGGCUUCGGUCAACAUCACCUUGGAGUAA